GCUCUGUGUGCGGCGGUGACCACCAGCGAUCUGGCCGAGACGCUGUCCCUUUUGUUCUGCGGGGCCGAAGUGAGCUGUGAUUCGGGGGAGCCCGGCCACCCCACCCCCCUCGCCCUGGCGGAGGAGGCCGGCCAGAGGCUGCAGAUGGAGUUCUUGCUGCACAACAAGAACUCAGAGAUCCCGCGUCUGGACGCCGACGCCGGCAGUCAGAACCUCUACUCCGUAGCCCUGCCGUGCGUCACCCACAAUGGCUUCCUCUUCAAGACGGCUUCCAUGGCCAAGCCGGCCUAUGAACGGAAACCCCGAGAAGAGUUCAGUCGCCGCUGGUGUCGACUUCAUGAUGGCCUUUUCAGCUAUUACGAGAAUGAGCACUCCACUGUGCCCAGCGGAGAAAUCCGAAUGCAGCAGAUUGUGUGCCUGGUCAAUCACCCCCCGGACACUCAUGGUGUCGCGAAUACAUUUGAGGUGUACGUAGACUCAGAGCGACUCUACCUGUUCGGACUGGACAGCCCGGAGGCCGUUCGGGAGUGGACUAAGUGCCUGGCAAAGUCUUUCAUCCCUUCCUCUGCGGAGGGUCUCCUGAGCAAAGACUUUGAGCGCCUCGGGCGACUUCACUACAAGGGUGGCCUGAACCUGGAGCGGGCGAAGGAAGGCUGGUUCGCCUUGGUUAACUCCACCCUCUAUGCCUACCUGGACGGCAGUGAGAAGGAGGAGGUCAUCCACCUGCGGAAGCUCCAGGAGCUCUCUAUCCAGGGUGACAACGAAGUCUUGGUCCUGGUGGAGAGGAGAAGGACGCUGUACAUCCAAGCAGAAAGGAAGCUGGACUUCUUGGGAUGGGUCGGCGCGAUCCAGAAGGCGGCGGGGUGCUCCGGAGACACUUUGUCCGAACAGCAGCUGACGGAUUUAGAUGUCCCCAUCAUUGUGGAUCGGUGCAUCGAUUAUAUCACCCGGUGUGGACUGACCUCAGAAGGGAUCUACCGGAAGAGCGGGCAGAACUCCAAGAUCACGGGACUCCUGGAGACACUCCGGAAAGAUGCGCGCAGGGUCCGUCUCAAAGAAGAGGAGCAUCACGUGGAUGACGUGGCCAACACGCUGAAGCGGUUCUUCCGGGAGAUCAGCGACGGGCUCUUCACCAAGGACUGCUCCCAAGCCUGGCUCAGGGCAACAACCAUCGAAGAUAGCAGAGAAAAGAUCAGCCAGUACCAGACACUCCUGAGCUGCCUUCCAGUUGUCAACCGAGCUACAGUGAAGGCUUUGAUCAAUCACCUGUACCGCAUCCAGCGCUUCUCUGAUGAGAACCAGAUGAACACGCACAACCUGGCCAUCGUCUUCGGGCCAACACUCUUCCAGACGGAUGGCAAAGACUACAAGGCAGGACGAGUGGUGGAGGAUCUCAUCCGGUACUACGUGGACAUAUUCAGUGUAGAUGAGGAAGAGAUGAGGCGGCAGCAAGAGGAAAUCGCGGCCAUUAUGAGGAUGCGGAUCGCGGGCUCCUCCAGUGGGGCGCAGCAAGCUGGCGACUUCAUCUGCACGGUCUACCUGGAGGAGAAGAAGACAGAAGCCGAGCAGCACAUUAAGAUUCCGGCCACCAUGACGGCAGAAGAACUGACUUUUGAAAUCCUGGACCGAAGGAAAAUCAUCACGAAGGAGAAAGAUUACUGGAGCUGCUUUGAAGUCAGCGAGCGGGACGAGGCAGAGCGGCCUUUGCACUACAGCGAGAAGGUCCUUCCCAUUGUGCACAGCUUGGGGAAGGACAGCUACCUGGUGGUGAAGAGACAAGUGGCCAUGGAACACAUGCUGGUCUACACAG